GUUUCUAUCUCUUCGGAGGCUCAUGCCCACUGAAGCGCAGCGAGGUGAUCUCCAGAGUGCCAAAACUCUGCCAAGAUCCCCUUCUUCUUUUCAUACCCCCCUACACAGAAACCACCACCUCCUCGUUCCCCAGUGGAUGGCACCUUCUUCGACCACAUGACGCCGCUGACCCCACCUCCGCGCCGCAGCCGUAGAGCCUCAGGAUGUAUAAAUAAAAGAGCAAAAAAGGAAGAAGAGAAACCAGAAGCUGACCAGACCAGAUGAAGAUGAAGAUGGAGCUCAUUGGGGUGAAGUGGGUGCUUGCAGCUGCAGGGUUUCUGCUGUGGAGCAGUGGGGGGUUUGCAGCACCCAUGGAGUGUCACUUCAACUCCAAAGGUGAGACUGAAGAACCUCAUAGAGUUUUUGUAUUAAAUUAAAUCAACACCUCCAUCAUUCUGAAUCACUGUUUCAUUCUUUGCCUCCAUGUGUUGCAGCUCUGUGUGAAUUCGAGGGGAGGCAGUACGCUCUGGGUGAAAGCUGGAUGGACAACAAAUGCAUGCAGUGCACCUGUCUGCACCCUAUUGGCGUCGGUUGCUGUGAGACGUAAGUAAACAAACAAGCUGCGAAGUUCGGUGUCCAGAUGACCACUGCCACUGAAACAUGAAAAGUUAGAUCCGAAUUAGAUCCAAACAAGAAAACUUUAAGAUUAAGAUUCCCUCCUUGAAUAAAACCAACUUUUUUAAUAUCUCAAAAUUGAUCAAAAAAACUGAAAUCAAAAGUAAUAAUUUGCAGAGUAACUAGUUCAUGACAAAUCCAAAUAAAUGUGGGAUUAUUUAUUGAAACUGACGCCAAAAAUAUUUGCACUUUAUCUUUUACUUCAAUCACUUUUUGUUUCUUCGUUUCUUUAUGUUAUAUUUCCGUAAUUUCUUAUUUGUGCUUUAAGCUCCUGUGAGGAAUUCAAUGUUUUCCUGCUAUUUUGGAACAUAAAAUAAAUCCCUCGUUGUGAAUAUUUACCAUGAAAACAGUAAAAAAUCAGCUUUAAUUCUCUGGUCUGAGUUAUAAGCAUUAACAAAUACACGUUGUCAGUCUUGUUGCUGAUGGUCUUGUUUAUUUUUGCAGCUCACAAGUACUUGAGUGGUACUUAAAUUGUGUAUAUUGUAUAUAGUUUUAUUUUUCUUCUCCCUUUAUCCUUUUUCUAAAUUUUUUCUUGAUUAUAACAUUUAUUUAAGUUCUUAAUAUUACGAUCUUUAUUUUUAUAACUGCAUUUUUGCACUAUAUCUCUGUCUCUGAUGCUGCUGUGGCAAAAAAAUUUCCCCCAUGGGAGAUCAAUAAAGGAAAAGUAAUAUGUACAAUUCAAACCCGCAAAGAAAUGAGACGCUAUUUUGUCUGCGCCAGAAUCAUCACAAACUUGAGCUUUAAGUUUAUUGCUUUUGCAGUUUUACUUGGAUACAAAUACUUCUCAAAAGUUUGUAAUUGUUAACAUUUUCUACUUUUAAUGCCUGUAAAUAUAGACACUUGUCUUUGGCUGUUAAAAACACAUGUUGUCAUAUCUGGAAACCUUUAACACAUUCAUAUGGACAGAAAACAGAAGCUACACUUUGAGGUGUGGACUGAGACUAGAAAAAGGAAGCUGAUAGAAACAUUAAGGAGUUUUUGCGCCACAUAAAACUGGGUGGAUAUUUUUAGGGUUUGAAUGUACUUGUAAAAACUCCUCCUCUUCCUCCUCCUCUACCUUCUUUCGGUCCAGGCUGCAUCGACCGGUGGAUUUCCCUGCGUGGUGUCAAGUGCGGGUGGAGCCUGUGACCUGCAAAGUCACCCUGGUCCAGACCGCAGACCCCCGACUGCCCUGCUCCCCUGGCGACGACAUCCGGGACCCGAGCCACGGGUCUCUGGAGCUGCAGCAACUUCUGGAGGGUUAGAAAACACAGCGAUGGAUCUGUUUGAUUUUCUCACUUAUUACUAAAACAAUACUCAUCCCAGUUAAUGAUCAAUAACCGCUUUCUACAAACAUACAAGAGCAUUAACAACCUUUGAUUUAAUACACUGCAUUUAUAACUGUAAUCAAAGUUAUUAAUGGAUUAUCUAUAAAUGAAUCCUAUCACUAUUUCUUCACUUAACCCUUCAGUGUAAAUACAGUUUAAACAAAUUUGUACAUUAAUAUAUUCAAAAGUGUUGAUUUCGACCUGUACUCUGCUGUUUUAUUUACUCUCCAAAUAAAGUUUUCACAAACACGA